AUGGCAUCAUCUUCGGGUAACAGAAAGUAUCCUCUACGGCUUUACCAGAUUGGUAAAACACCUAUUCAAAAAAGGAGCAUGAACCAGAGUUGUUUUCUAGCCAACAUUCAAAUGAUGCAAGAGAAUAUUGGGGAAGACGUUUGGCCUGAUUUGAGAGAAUCAUUUUUGGUGAUUCAGAGCAGUCAUGAAGUUUGGUCUUUGAUAGAAGACCAGCCAAUGAUGUUAAAUUGUGAUCCCUUUGACACGCAAGAAGAGUGGGAUGUGGCUCAUGAAGACUUUUGGGUGGAGAUGAAAGUUCCAAUUUCUGAAGGACCCAAG